UUAGCCGAAAUUUCAUUUUCUCCUAGUUUUUCUCCAAUCUUCUUCCCUCGCUCUGUCAGACAUCUUUCACACACGCACACGCACACCCUCCCACAGCAUGCCCUCCGGUCAACCACCACCACCGGCCUUCGAAAUCCCCUCCGGCGACCGAAUUCCGGCGGGCUAACUGGUUAAACUCGGCACCCGUACAUUAAAAUCAGGGUAUUGAGCUUGUUGGUUUCGUAUAAACCACAUGCAAUUGGUUUGGCAAGAAUGUCUCUUCUAAGUAGGUUCUUUUACAGAAGACCCCCAGAUGGCUUGCUUGAAUUUGUUGACAGAGUAUAUGUUUUUGAUUCGUGUUUUUCCACCGAAGUCUUGCCCGAUGGAAUGUACCAAAUAUAUUUACAUGAAAUCAUAACCGAGUUACAUGAGGAAUUCCCAGACUCAUCCUUCCUCGCAUUCAAUUUCCGUGAGGGUGAGAAACGGAGCCAGUUUGCAGAAAUUCUUUGUGAAUAUGAUGUUACCGUCAUAGAUUAUCCACGACAGUAUGAGGGAUGCCCUCUCCUUCCAUUAUCUUUGAUUCAACAUUUUCUUCGUGUUUGUGAGAGUUGGCUUGCACUUGGAAAUCAACAGAAUAUUAUUCUUCUCCAUUGUGAGAGAGGGGGUUGGCCGCUCUUGGCAUUCCUUUUAGCUAGCUUUUUGAUCUUUCGAAAACUGCAUAGUGGCGAACGAAGGACUCUUGAAAUUGUGCAUCGAGAGGCUCCUAAAGGGUUUUUGCAGCUCCUGUCGCCUUUGAAUCCAUUCCCAUCUCAGCUUCGUUACCUUCAGUAUGUUGCGAGAAGAAACAUUGCUCCAGAGUGGCCACCUCCCGAGCGAGCUCUUUCUUUAGAUUGCAUCAUUCUUCGGGCCAUUCCCAGCUUUGAUUCUCAGAAUGGCUGCAGGCCAAUUAUCCGUAUCUUUGGUAGGAAUCUCCAUAGUAAGGGUGGGCUUUCGACUGAGAUGCUGUUUUCCAUGGCCAAGAAGAAGAAGAAAACACUUAGGCAUUACUGCCAGGCAGACUGCGAUGUGAUUAAAAUUGACAUUCAGUGCUUGGUGCAAGGAGAUGUUGUAUUGGAGUGUGUCCAUUUUGACUUGGAUUCAGAAAAGGAAAUUAUGAUGUUUCGUAUAAUGUUCGACACUGCAUUUAUUCGAUCCAACAUACUGAUGCUUAACACUGAAAACUUGGACAUUCUUUGGGAUUCAAAGGAGCGGUAUCCAAAAGGUUUCAGAGCAGAGGUUUUGUUUGGGGAGGUUGAAAGCAUCUCUCCUCCAAAAGCCCCAACUACUAUGUUAAAUGGUGAGGAGAAAGGUGGAUUGCCCAUUGAAGCUUUUUCUAGGGUUCAAGAACUGUUCAAUGGUGUUGAAUGGGUUGAUAGCAGUGAUGAUGCUGCCUUGUGGUUACUUAAACAACUUUCUGUUUUAAGUGAUGUGAAAGAACUUUCAUGGUUGCAAAGUAAAGCAGCAAGUUUAUAUUCAUCACCUGCUGAUUCUGAAGAAGAUAACAAUGCAUCUAGCACUGCUGAUAGUUCAGAUGAAGCAUUUGAUAUCAUUCCCAAAUCUUCAAAAGCUCCAACAAAAUUACCAAUACAAGAUACUGUUGAUUCAGUCCCCUUACCUUUUGAAAGUGAUGGUCCACAUGAUGUAAAUCAUGCUUCAGAGCCUCCUCAUCAAUCAGCAAUUGAAAAUGAUCCGUCAUCACUUCAUGAGCAAUCAACAAUACCAAGUGGAGGAUCUCGACCUUGUUCAACUCCUAUAGCACCGUCUCCACCUCCUCCUGCUAGUAACCCACCAUCUCCACCUCCUGUUGGACUUUCUUGCGGAAAUCUUUCGCCAAUGUCCCAUCCACCACCUCCACCUCCGCCUCCACCUCCACCUCCACCUCCACCUGUACCUCCUUCUCUUACUGCUAGUAGAGGGCCUCCCCCACCUCCACCUCCACCUCCACCUCCACCUCCACCUCCACCUCCACCUCCUCCUUUACCUCUACUUCCACCUGCACCUCCCUCUCUUAAUACGUUUAGAGCUCCUCCACCGCCGCCACCACCACCACCACCACCACUUCCUUCCUCUAGUGUUCCUAAUAGAGAUCCUCUAAUGCCUCCCCCUGCCACUUCCAAUAGGGGUUAUUUGCCUCCUCCUCCACCCCCUCCUCCACCUCCUAGUCUCUCACAUAAAGCUUCUUCUACACCACCUCCUCCACCCCCACCGCCGCCCCCUUUCAAUUCAUCUAAAGUUGCACCACUAGCCCCUUCACCUCCCCCUAGUCAACAAUCUUUUGUGCCACCCCCACCGCCCCCACUGCCACCGCCACCGCCAUCCUCAGGAAGUGCAAUUAACAAAUUUCAACCACCACCGCCACCACCUCCGAUGCCAAAACUGCCCCCUUCGUGUUCAACAUCUAAUCCUACUUCUGUUCGUGGGGUACCGCCUCCACCACCUCCACCUCCAACAAGUGGGAACCCUGGUAAUGUUUGUCGGCCACCACCACCUCCACCACCUCCAGGACCUGCACGGCCAGGUUCAAUUGUGCCUCCUCCACCACCAGCACCAAAGCUUCCUGGUGCUCCUACACCACCAAGUCGUGGUGCAACACCAGCUCCUCCCCCGCCUCCUAGAGCUAAAGGCUCUAAUGCACUACCGCCACCACCUCCGUUAGUUGGUAAGGUGAAAGCUUCUUCGGGGCCAUCAAGUCUUGGAAGAGGUCGAGGUGCUGGUAGCACUACUCUUGCCCCUAAGAAAUCUUCACUAAAGCCCCUACACUGGGUAAAAGUUACUCGUGCGAUGCAAGGGAGUUUAUGGGCUGAUUCUCAAAAACAGGAAAAUCAGUCAAGUGCCCCUGAAAUAGAUAUUUCAGAGCUUGAGAGUCUGUUCUCAGCUGCCUCUGCUACGGAUGGGAGUGGCACUAAAGGUGGAGGUCGACGUGGUUCUAACAUGAACAAACCUGAGAAAGUGCAACUGGUUGACUUGCGUAGAGCGUAUAAUUGUGAAAUAAUGCUCUCAAAAAUAAAAAUUCCUUUGCCAGAUAUGAUUAAUUCAGUUCUGGCUUUGGAUUCUUCUACUCUAGACAUUGAUCAGGUUGAGAAUCUCAUUAAAUUCUGUCCAACAAAGGAAGAAAUGGAAACACUUAAGAAUUAUGCAGGUGACAAGGAAAUGCUUGGAAAGUGUGAGCAGUUUUUCCUAGAACUGAUGAAGGUUCCACGAGUAGAAUCCAAGUUACGAGUAUUUGCUUUUAAAAUCACAUUUUCUAGUCAGGUUAAUGACCUUAGAAAGAAUUUGAAUACAAUCAAUGAUGCUGCUAGAGAGGUAAAAGAAUCUGUGAAAUUACGCCAGAUAAUGCAGACAAUUCUGACUUUGGGAAAUGCCUUGAAUCAGGGCACUGCACGAGGUCUCACUGCAUUAGUAUUUGUUUAUUGCAAAUUUUUAUUAACUUGUUGCCCUGCUUGGCUUGAUGUUUCUUUUUUGGGUAUUGCAGGAUCGGCCAUAGGAUUCAAAUUGGACAGCCUUCUUAAGUUAUCUGAUACUCGUGCAAGAAACAACAAAAUGACGUUAAUGCAUUAUUUGUGCAAGCUCCUUUCUGAGAAAUUGCCAGAAUUGCUGGAUUUUGAUAAGGAUCUUGUUCAUUUAGAAGCUGCCUCUAAGAUUCAAUUGAAAGCUUUGGCUGAAGAAAUGCAAGCUGUCAGUAAAGGUCUUGAAAAGGUUGAGCAAGAACUCACUGCUUCAGAAAAUGAUGGAGCUAUCUCAGUGGGCUUCCAAAAGGUGCUGAAGAAUUUUCUCGAUACUGCAGAAGCUGAAGUUAGGUCACUUAUCUCGCUUUAUUCUGAAGUGGGAAGAAAUGCAGAUUCAUUGUCUCAAUACUUUGGGGAGGAUCCAGCUCGGUGCCCCUUUGAGCAAGUGACACAAGUUUUGGCCGUCUUUGUUAAGAUGUUCAAGAAGUCACGAGAAGAGAAUGAAAGACUGGCUGAUGCUGAAAAGAAGAAAUUGGAAAAGGAAGCCAUGAAAGAGCGGACAUCAGCUAACGCAUCCGCAAGGAAAGAUGCUUCUCAAUAGAGCGGCAUGAAACAUGAAAACUUGCAUAAAUUUCUGAGAAUAUGCAAGAGACAUUAAUCAGAUGGAGGUUGACUCAUGCAAGUAAACUGCACCAACCCAAGAUCAGAGGUCGCUGCUUUUCUGGAAAUCGCUUUGGCGAUGAUCCACGCUUAUCUCCAAAGGUGCAGUUCAGUUUACUCCCACAAAAUUGAGCAAUUUCAUAGCUAUUAUUGGAUGCUGCCUUUUGUCUUCCAUCUAAAAUCAGUGAUGCUUCUAUCACAGCCUGUACAAAUUGUAUUCAAAGAUGUAGAUAUAUCAAGGAAACCAACACAUGCAGAGUUGCAGUAGCAGACAAACCCCCCACCCACCCAAAACAAAAAUACUGAUUUAAAUUUUUUGUAGCAGCCUCAGUAGAUGCAGAUUAUUGUCUUGCAGAUGCUGGUUCAAGAUAUGUAUUUGCUGAUAUGAUAGCAAAAGAAUGGUGAAAAUAUUGUGUUGCUAAAUAUAUGGGAUUAGAGAUAUUAAUGGGGUUUAA